CGUGCGAAGAUAAUAAUAACCAACAAUUAACACGAGCACAGCAACACAUGAUUAGCAACAGGGUAUGCAUUACAACUGACGGGUUUUAACACCAGAUCACAAUUACGUGCCAGUCAAUAAUUACCGGUAUAUAAGACACAAAACUUUGGAUCAUGCGAUACUGUGACUGUCGGGAUGGGACUUAGUAAGGUGUUCCUUGCGUUGGUGGUGUUGGCAGCAGGUUUGACGGAGAUAAAGUCGUCUAGAGAUGCCAUGAAGUAUAUUACUUCAGGAUUUGUUAAGGUCUUGGAGGAAUGUAAACGUGAGUUGAACAUGAAUGACCACAUAAUGGCGGACCUGUACCACUACUGGAAGCUGGACUACUCGCUGCUGAACCGCGACACCGGCUGCGCCAUCAUCUGCAUGAGCAAGAAGCUCGACCUUAUGGAUGCCAACGGCAGGAUGCACCACGGAAACGCGCAGGAGUUCGCCAUCAAACAUGGCGCUGGAGAUGAUAUUGCAUCUAAAAUAGUGACGAUAAUCCACGAAUGUGAAAAGAAGCACGAACGUGAUGAUGACGAGUGUCUUCGGGUCCUGGAGGUGGCCAAGUGCUUCCGCACCGGCAUCAGCGAGCUGGACUGGACGCCCAAGGUCGAGGUCAUCAUGGGAGAAGUCCUCACUGAAAUAUGACCUAUGUAACCACUGAAGAAUAAAUGUUUAAUGAUUUUAGUUAGUUAGUUUUUUUUCUGGA